AUGCGUGUUUUGUUAGCAUCAGCCAUCUUUUGCUCAUUAAUCGCCGUUACCUCAACCAUCAGCCUAAGGCCAUCCCAGAGCAUUGCCGUCUCUGGUAAGCUGAUUUGCAAGGGAAAACCAGCUAGCGGAGUUGUAAGUUGACUUUUGGUUACUAUUCUGUCCUACCCGAUACUAUUAGGCCGUUCACUUAAUUCUGCGCCCUCUCAAAGCAAAUUUUCAAAUUAACAAUAUGUUAUAGUUUUAACUUUCUUUAAGUAAUAUUACUUUAAUAAUCAAAUAUAAUUUGGCAAUAAUUGUGUCAUAACAUAGUAUCUUUAGAAAAUAGUAAACAAUUUUUGUUUUUCUUUAAUUUAACAAAGACAUAAAUGUAAACAAAGCAAAAACCUUAAUUUAAAAUAUAUAAUAAUACUGAUUUAGAAAGUCAAAUUGUACGACCAUGACACCUUCACAUUGGACGACUUGAUCGCUCAAGGCAAAACUGGCCCAGAUGGUACCUUCCACUUGACUGGAACUGCUCACGAAAUCACCAGAAUUACUCCAAAACUUAACGUGUAAGUAUAAUCAGACCUCUUUAGUAUGACACUCAAGAUACUGGACCAGAGUGCCAUUAUAACCAGGAUGUCACACUAUCCAGACAAUUUUUGAUAGAAGUUCUAUUACAACGUAAAAAAAUGUAUUUAAGCUAAUUUAAAUGCCAUAAUUUAGAUACCACAAGUGCGGAAAGCUGAUCCCAAUCUGUGAUAUUAAAUUCAGCGUCGGAAUCCCAAAGAGUGCCAUCACUCGCGGCUCUAGUGCUGGUGCCGAGCAUGAUGUGGGUACCUUCAACUUGGAAAACAAAUUCCCAGGACAAGGAACUGACUGUCUUAACUAA